UUUGAAGCAUGGAAAACCAAUCCAUGGUUUGGUCCAUCUUCUUAUACACUCUUAGAUGUUGGCGCCAAAUAUACACCCUAUAUGCUACAGGGUGAAUGGUGGAGAUUUUUUUCACCAAUAUUUCUCCAUGUCGGAAUUUUCCAUUAUUUAAUGAACAUGGCUACUCAGUUACGUGUUGGUAUGCAGCUAGAACGUGCCUAUGGUGGUCAUCGUAUCGUUCCAAUUUAUUUAUUAUGUGGUGUUAUGGGUAACCUUUGUAGUGCCAUUAUGCUUCCUCAAUCAGUUCAAGUAGGUGCUUCCGGUGCAAUUUUUGGUUUUUUAGGUGUAUUAUUGGCAGAUUUAAUAAGAAAUUGGGGUGUUUUAGCAAGACCUUAUCUUAAUUGUGGUACAUUAGCUUUUACCAUCAUUACAUCCUUUGCAGUUGGUUUGUUUUUACCGGGUGUCGAUAAUUAUGCACAUUUUGGUGGGUUUAUUAUGGGUAUUUUAACUGGCUGGAUAUUUUUACCUUCUUUAACUCCAAAAAGAGCCAUUGGCAAACGUUUGUUACUAUUAUUUGUUGCAAUUCCUCUAACCGUGGGAUUAUUUGUUGCUCUAUUUAUUGUAUUCUAUAAAAAUAUUUCACCUUCAGAAUGGUGCUAUGGUUGUAAAUAUUUAACAUGCUUGGAAUUUUUAAGUUGGUGUAAUAAUUAAUAAUAUAAAAUAUAUAAUAAUCAUUAUAAUAUAUAAAUAAUAAUAAUAAUAAUAAUAAUAUAAUCUCAAUGUAAAUAUCACUUAUAGUUUUAAAAUGUAAUAAUAAAUUAAUUAUAAAAAAAAAAAAAAAAAAAAAAUUUAUACAAAAAACAACAAUAUAUAGAAUAAUAAUAAUUCAAUUUCAAUUAAAAAGACGAAGAUUUUAAAAUAGAAUAAUAAUAAUACGUAUAUUUAUAAUAUUUAUAAUAUUAAUAAUAUUAAUAAUAUUUAUAAUAAUAAUAAUAUUAAUAAUAAAGUUUUCUUUUAAAAGAAAAAGGAUUUAAAGUUUACGAU